UCUCUUGUCUUACAUUCUAUCAUGCAUUAGUCCAUUUCUAUUGUAUCUUUUACUCAAACUAUUAUUACUUAUUUAAAUAUUAAGUUUCUGUAGGAAAACUGAAUGUAUUAAAAUAAUAUUUAUAUGAUGAACACACAAUAGGCUGCAAAAAUGUGCAAGAAAUACAAUAUUUUACUUGCUCUAACUUAAUUGAAACAGUAAAUCAAUCAAUAAAUCAAUUACUCUACUACCUUAAGUGAUCAAUACUCAGAAAAAAAGUUUCCAAUUCAAAUACCAUAUUUGGUAUUAAAACUAGAUUUUUCAUUCUGGCAUCUGUAGCGCUGAGAACCAUUAGCAUUUUAUGACCAUAUACCGCUUCCUAACUAAGAUGGAGAGUGACACAUACAUUACAAAAAAUGUAUGUUUUAUUUUAAAUCAUUUAAAGAAAUAAUAAACUAUGACUAUGUGCAAUGGGAUGAAUCAUGUUACCCUACAAAUUCCAGUUCUCUAAAUCUCUAGAAAAAGAAAAAAAUAAUAAUGAACAUACAAUCUCCUCUAGCAUACUAUCUCAUUGUGAAAUUACUUCAGUUAUAAACGCUGAAAUAUUUUCAUAAACCCUUGCAGAGCUUGCAGGAGGUACAGCCUCUUGCAAGCUCUCAAAAGUUAUAAAAGUAAAGCGUAGAGGUAGUAAAUAAUGGAAUAACUAUUGAAUAUCUCUAAUCAUGAAUAGAGAACUUGGCACUGAAUUCAAUCUUUAUAGAUUUCUACUAACUUUUGUAUAUUGUAGAGAACUGUUACAAUUUUAUUUAUAAACAAGCAAUAUUAUUUGAUCGUAAUUCAGAUUUUAAGUUCAGCGCUUAAUUGAUAACGCUGCAUGAAACGAAACGCAUAAAGCUUUCUUUUUUGAGGUUUUUUGUUUGGCAACAAGGGCGCCAUUUUUAUUGACUGGUUAGAGUAGAUUCUACCAAUCUGGUAGAAAUGCAAAAUGUAGUGAAAACCAAACUGAUCAAAUUCUAAAAAAAUAUUGAAAUAAACUACGUCAAGUUCUAUCACCAUGGUAGAAUACGUUUUAAUUUCAAUAGAUGACAUUCUAAACUAAUUUUUGUUUGUAUGGCAACAAUUUACAAAAGGACGUCAUUUCAACGAAAAUAAAUCUACCAUUGCUUGCUUGCAGUUCAGUAGAAAAUUUAUGGGACAUCUAGGUACCCAGGAUUUCAUUUCAUUCAACUUUUCUAAGCUUUUCGCCCUUCGCGUUUGGUAUUCGCCACUUUGCCUGUUCUCGCAUUUUGUAAAAACUCUUAUUAUUAUCGUUCCGUUCAUUACAUGUAACGAUCAAUCAAUAUUCUCGUCGACGGACGUCGCGAGUGAUGAAUGGUGCCCUUUUUAUUUUAGCAAAAAAAAACAAAAAUACACUUGUAGGAAACCAGUGUUUUCUAACAUGUGAUUUCAAAUGUAAAUAAUUAAUUAAAAUUAUCCCACAAAAUGGACGUGAAAGGUUGUAAUCGUGGGUGUGAUGUGUGAUAACUUCAUAGUUGUUGUGUUUCGAUUGUUUUGUGAGUGUGAAACGGUGGUUUUUUGAAGGAUUUUGACGUAUUCCCUUCGGCGGAAAGCUGCUGAGUUUUCAACUAUUCCCGUCAACCUUCGCAAUGGCAAAAUGGCGUCACAAAAGAAAGCCAACGGCACUUUACAGAAAUUAAAAACGAAACAGGGUCAUGCAUAAUGACCUGAACGAACCUCAACACUCUUGUGAUAAAAAGCAGCCAAUCAAAAUAGGCCUAUUUUAUUAAUAUAGAACAAAAAACCCGCGUUCCUGUAGUCAUAGUCUCAAUUAGCAAGAAACCAAAGUAACUCAUUAGGGUCCUACCUCUAUUAGAAAUUUUUGAAAAAAUACGCAAAGGAAAAGUAUAUUUUCGAACCAAAGUUAGAGUUAAGGAUGUCGAAUCAAAUACCUAUAUACAGCCAGGUAGUCCCAAAAUCACAGUACCGGGCGAAAAAUUCGAAAGCAGCGAAGACCCAGAAUUCUCAGCGAAGCGACUUCGAUCCGUUGAAUUUUAACAACGGGGGGAACUUCGCCAUGAGUACUCCCGUUGAGGGUAAAGAGAAGAAGGAGCCGCGGGAUAGGGAAGCGCGGAGGAGCAAGGAGGACUCGGGAAGGACGAGGAGGGUGCGGAAUGAGGCGAGCGAGGGCAAGGUGGAAGCGUACCUAAGGCAGUACCAAGUCAGUAUACGGCAGCAGCAGCAUCGGCAUUCUGCUGUCAGGCAGGCUGAACAUCGAGUUAAUUUAAGAUCUCUUCCACUAAACGAUGUGGCGACUGCCCGCGGCCACGAUCGGACCCCGACUGACCGGCAUCGCGGCUUCCCCGAGAAAGACAGGGACGGUGCUAGGGAGCAUCGCCGCGAGAGGGACAGGGAUAGAGAACGGGAGAGGGAUCCAUUUGAUUUUGAUGGCACACCUCUUUCCCCGAUCGCCUCCCGCGCUCUCGACAAAGACCGCCCUGUCCGCAAGUCGACCUCCGCUCACCGGAUGUCGGAGACGAGCAUAUCUACCGACAAGAGAAGGUUCUUCUGCCGCGAGUGGGCCUUCCAGAAGAUAGCGCACUGUCUGGAGCAAAGGCCGGUCAGCAAGACCUGCGGGGCGCUUAUAUUGGGCGAUGCCGGUAGCGGUAAGACAGCGCUCUGCCAGGAGUUGAGCGAGCCCGGCCAGGGCGCGCAGGCCCGGCAGCAGCGUGCGCUCAACAGGCGGCUGCUAGCCAGGCACUUCUUACAGAGUUCCUCCGAGAGCAGCCUCCGCCCGGGCGAGUUCGUCCGCUCGCUGGCGAUGCAGCUGCUGAGCCACUCGUCGCGGCGCGGCCGGCCCGACGCGGGGCUGUCGCCCGCCGGCGGCCACACGCCGCACAGCCACAGGCGAAACUCUGACGAGGAGAGACUGAUCAACCGGUUUCGUGAACUCGGCGAUGAUGGAGAGGAAAGCUCCAAGCCGCUGCUGGAUAGCGAAGACCAGCGCUCAGACGAAGAAGAUGGCGGCGUCUGUCCCCGUCGCACGCGCACCAUCGACCGCGUGCGCGAGAGGGACGACUACACGGAGAUACAUGCAGACGCGCCGCUUAGCAAAGCUGAUGAUCUCCCAGAAAUAAUGCCAAGAUCAUCAGCCAAGCCCACGAACCCCUUCAUAUCUGACGACGACUUUCGCCUCUACGAGAACCACGAAAACCUAUUCCUAAGAAACAUUUCUCAACGCCAAUCGAAAGAGAUCAGAAACUCUCGCUUGCUACGCCAGUCCUCUGAACCGCUGUCGGAAAAGAAGGGUAAUGCGUUACAGAAGAGUCUGUCGACGGAGCAGAAGGAUAGCUCCGGCGAUGAUAAGAAGAUUGAGAACAGUCCGCCCAAGUCGAGGAUUCCUGUUGCUAAUUUCAGAUAUCCGAACAAAAGCGAUCUCCGUUCGGCCGAGUCUUCUCCGGCCAAGAAGCAAGACCGGCCUUCUACACCCAAGGAAGAACUGCCCGAAUACCAGAACAUUCUCCACGGGGAAGACGCGGAGAAGGUCACGGAGAAGGUGGAGAAGUUGGAGAAGAAAGAGGAUGUUCCCCCGCCUAUACCUAGUCUCCCGAUCAGUCCAAGGACGUUGAUAGCGAAUGCGUAUUAUGAUAAGCUGUUGUCCGAGCCUGAAAUACAACAGGCGUUGCUACCUCAGAACUUGGAGAAGAAUCCUGACGAAUGCUUCAAGAAGGCCCUGUUAUUCCCACUGCUGGAGAUCGACCCGCCCAAACAGUGCCUGUUCUUGUUGGUCGACGCUAUAGACGAAGGUAUUACGGGCGGCUCGGAGCGGCCCGCGUGCGAGGGCUCGCUGAGCGUGUGCAGCCUGCUGGCGCGCCACCAGCACCUGUUCCCGCACUGGCUGCUGCUCGUCUGCACCGCCAGGAAGCACUGCCGGGCCCUCACCAGGAUGUUCACAGGGUUUCGCAAGAUCACCCUCGACGAGUUGCAGCGAGCUCACGUGUCGGCUGAUGUCCAGCGUUACGUGUUGGCGCGAUUGGAUACGGAACCCAGACUCAGGGCGCGGGUAUCAAGCGAUUCCACAGCCGCGGCGGCGGCGGCUGCGGCUCUCGACCAUCUCAGGAUCAAGAGCGAUGGAUGUCUGCUUUAUUUGGAGAAGGUACUAGAUGGCGUUGCUGAUGGUUUCAUAGCUCUUCGAGAAAUCCGCGAGAUCCCGGGCACGCUGAACGGACUGUAUCUGUGGCUGGCGCAGAGAUUGUUCCACGGAAGGCGGUUUACUAAGGUCCGUCUCCUUCUGGACGUGUUGCUGGCAGCUCGCUGUGGGGUCACAGAGGAGAUGCUCUACAAGUGUCUUCUGACCAAGGAGUACAGCGUCACGAGAGAAGAUUUCAACAGAAGAUUGCAUUUAUUGAGAAGGAUCCUGGUGAUGGAGCGGGCGACGGGCUUCCUGUGGCUGUUCCACCACUCGUUCGCGACGUGGCUGCUGGACGUGAAGCACUGCACGCGGCGCUACCUGUGCGGCGCGCACGACGGCCACGCCGCGCUCGCCAUGUACUACACGCUCGACGCCAGGAGAUUAAGCGCUUUAGAGAUACACAAUUAUGUGUAUCAUAUGACGAGCUUAGAGCAGUAUUUGACGUCGCAGAAGAAAACUAAGACUGAACAGCCCGAGAACGAGAUAGACCUGCACACGCUGAUCCUGCUGUGGGUGCUGGACUCCGGAUGUGAUGUGGAGUCAGCUCUGAGGCGAGAUACGGAACACGUUCUACAGGCUAACGAGGACGAUAAACAAGAAUCGAAGCCCGAUGAAAAGGAAUGUGAUCCCGAAUCCGAAAGCAAGGACUCAACAUCAUUGGAACCAACGACGUUGGAGACUAUAAUGCCCGAGUUGAUAGCGGGUGAUACUAGCACGCGCUGGCCGCGCGACCGCCGUGUGCUGCGCGCGCUGCUAGAGCUGAGUCGAGCUGACUCCGUGCCCCCAGAGGCCGAUGGAGAGGAUAUGUUAUCAGACCAGCCUCUGGAAAACGACAACAACAACGAGACAGCGGAAGAACAGGAGGAUGCCGUGCCGUUAGACCCGAACGCUGUUCACGAGCUGGCGGCCAAGGGGGACGAGGAAAUGCUGGCUGCACUGUUGAAGCGCUACCCGCAGCUGGUGGAGGCGGCGGACGCGUCGGGCGGCACGGCCCUGCACGGGGCGGCGCGCGGCGGCCGCGCGGGCGCCGCGCUGCUGCUGCUGCGCGCCGGCGCCCGCCCCGACGCCGCCGACGGGGACGGCUGGAGCCCGCUGCGGGCCGCCGCCUGGGCCGGACAUACCGAGGUGGUGGAAGUUCUGCUAGAGUUCGGGUGUGAUGUCGACUGCGUGGAUGCUGAUAACAGGACGGCCUUGAGAGCGGCAGCCUGGUCCGGCCACGAGGCGGUGGUCUCCCGCUUGCUCGCUGCCGGGGCCGACCCCGACCGGGCGGACGCGGAGGGUCGCACCCCUCUGAUCGCGGCUGCGUACAUGGGACACGCCGAGAUCGUGCGAGCGUUACUCGACGCCGGCGCCCAGAUAGACCACGCUGAUGAUGAUGGUCGCACAGCCCUAUCGGUAGCUGCGUUAUGCGCAGGUGGUCUGGGCUGUGCGCAACAACUAAUAGAGCGGGGCGCAGACGUGUCGCGGGCUGACCGGGAUAAAGCCACGCCUUUAUUAGUCGCGGCUUUUGAGGGACAUACUGAGAUCUGCGAGCUCCUCCUGGAGGCCGAGGCCGACGUGGAGGCAGUGGACGCGGCCGGCCGCACCGCGCUGUGGGCCGCCGCCGCCGCCGGACACGCGCGGGCGCUGCGCCUGCUGCUGUUCUGGGGGGCCUGCGUCGACAACAUGGACGCCGACGGCAGGACCGUGCUCAGCGUGGCCGCCGCUCAAGGUAACGUUGAAGUGGUCCGCCAGCUCCUAGACCGAGGUCUAGACGAACACCAUCGAGACAACUCUGGUUGGACGCCUCUACAUUAUGCCGCUUUCGAAGGUCACAUAGAAGUAUGCGAAGCUCUACUCGAAGCCGGCGCAAAAGUCGACGAAGCCGACAACGAUGGCAAGGGCCCCCUCAUGCUGGCCGCCCAGGAGGGUCACAGUAGACUGGUCGAGCUGCUAGUAGACCAGUGGGAUGCGAGGGUAGACCAGCGGGCGCACGACGGGAAGACCGCCUUCAGACUGGCAGCUCUAGAAGGUCACAUAGACACAGUGGCAGCCCUCCACAGCCGCGGGGCGGACCCCGACGCUCUAGACGCGGACCGGCGUAGCACACUGUACGUGCUGGCGUUAGACAAUCGCAUGGCCAUGGCGCGAUAUCUGCUCACACAUUGCUCUGUCAACGUUGAUACUACUGAUAGCGAGGGUCGCACGCCCCUGCACGUGUCCGCCUGGCAGGGCCACACGGACAUGGUGAACCUGCUGCUGAAGGUGGGCGGCGCGGCGGUGGACGGGCGCGACCGCUGCCUGCGCACCGCCCUGCACGCCGCCGCCUGGCGCGGCCGCGCUCACGUGCUGCGCGCGUUGUUAAGGAGGGGGGCGGACCCGUCCGCCGUGUGUACGCAAGGGGCUACGCCGCUUGGUAUCGCAGCUCAGGAAGGUCACGAGGAGUGUGUGCUGUGGUUAUUACAGCAUGGAGCUGAUCCGCUACAGGCUGAUCAUUGUGGUCGGACCCCAGCUAAAGUAGCUUGGCGAGCGGGCCACGCGAACAUCUGCCGCCUGCUGGAGCGUUGGGCGGCGCCCUCCGCCCCCGCCGCGCCCGGCCCCGCCCCCGGCCCCGCCCCCGGCCCCGCCCCCGCGCCCGCCCUCGCGCAGGACGCCGUGCCCCGCCCGCCCAGUGCCGGCUCACCGGAAUACAAACGCCGCAGCGUGCACAGUUCCAACUCAACUAAAUCGUCGUCGAACAUGACGGGCGGUUCGGCGCGCUCGCAUUCACACCAAGAGGGCAAUGAUAAUACUCAUGAAAAGGCAAACCGCGCGCACCUCUCUCUCUCGUUUGCCCAACAAGUGGCGCGCUGUGGGCGCGGCCGACGCGACAUACCCGAACACAACGAGAUACCAGAAAACCACGCCGUCGAGAAGGACUCCAAGCUAAGGAGUUACGCGGCCAACGAGCGCGACGCGGAGCUGGGGCUGUGGUCGCGCGGCUCGCGGCGCGGCUCCGCCAGCCCGCUGUACGCGUCGCCGCCGCGCACGCCCGUCAGCGACCUCACCAGCCCCACGCAGCCGCAUCUGCUGUUCGGAUCACAGCCUCCCAGUUUGACAGCAGUACAGCCGGUGUUGACUGACACACACUUCAACAGAGACACUCACAUGAGGAUCAUACUAGGACGGGACAGCAAGCCGCCGCAGGAGAGGGAGAGCGAGGUGUGGAAAGCGAUGGGUCGCGUUGCGUGCAACCGCAUAAUGGGCAGUAUCGGGCGCGCGAAAGGCCGGAUAUUUAAGAAAACCAAAGGCAAAAGGAACGGCAUAGUGACGAAUCCAGCGAUGAGAUUGGUUGCCAACGUCAGGAAUGGUCUCGACAGUGCCGCAGCCAACAUACGUCGGACGGGCGUUGCUAUCGCAGCGAGCGCGAGUUCCGCCAACCCAGCUGUCAAAACAAACGCCUUCCAAUGGAGGAAAGAGACACCACUAUAAUACUAGCCGUAAGACAGACAGAGAUGACACUAUAUUGAACCUUUGAGGAAGAAAAGGCUACGUAAUACAGUAGCCGAGUGUGACAAUGAAGCUUUUAUAAUACAACCGUAAGAGAGAAAGAGAUGGAUAUAUAUUGCAGUGACAAGUGUAAAAAGGAUGCCGCUAUAAUUAAACAGUCAGAAAGAGAUGGAAGACACAAGAUUAGACAAGUAAGAUGAGUUUUGAAAGUAUUUUAAAAGUAGACGAAAAUAAUGAUUUCUAAAGUCAACAGAUUGAUUUCUUUUUGUGUUUUUGAGGAAGGGAGAUGCCAAUAUACAAGCUGUAGAAUGCCAUCUCGCUUCCACAGAACGAUUCUGGAAGCCUAGACAAUGUCACAUCGCAUUAGAAUGGAAAACUUCAAAUGUAUGUGAAUGACAUUCCGCUUCGACAAGUGAUGUGACUUUGACUUGUCAGUUCAAUACAUUUGAGGGAUUCGUCAGCGUUAGCGAGGAGAUGUGUGACUUGUAUCCAGGUAAACAGUUAUUUUAAAAUAAUAGGAAUGUUGUAAAAACAUUUCUGAUCUCUAAAACGAACAAAUUAAUAACAAUAAAAUUAAAAAUGCCUAACAAACGACGCAUUUAACAAAAAAAUAUGUAUUCUAUUAUUUAAAACUAGUCUUUAUGAAAGUAGUCAUAUGGUUUAGAAUCAAAAUAUAAUGUAGAAAAACAAUAUUUCAAAAAUUAUAUAUGAAACAUGAUUUCUGGACUGACAACCCUAUUGGAGUAUGUCAGUUCUUGUAGGUAUUUAUUUAUUGUAUAUGUACCUAUUAUAUUAAUUGGCAACCUUAAAUAUUGGUACUAAUUAGUAUAAGGGUCAAUUCUCACUUCAAGAACAGAAGCCUGCAGCUCUCCUUCAGCUUCUGAUAUUAUAUUUGUCGCGUUUUUUGUAUUUACACUUUUUCGAAACGUCUCGUCCGAUUGACAUGAAAUUUGGUAGAUCUGAGAAUCGUUCGUCUAUAUUCAUGUCCCCGAAUAUUAGUUUUUGGUCCAUUUUUGCUGUUUACGUUAAAAAUACAUUCAAACCUAAGUUUUCAAUCUUAUACGAUCAUUCUUAUUUUUUACCUGGCUGAACCAUGUUUUCUGCGUCAGCUAGUGUAAUUAAAUAUUAUCAGCCUGUAUAAGGUCCACAGCUGGGAAAAUUAAUUAUGAACCUUAAUUCAAGUAGAUAAGAAUCAAUAUGAUUUGUAAUAUGAUUAGUAAGACUCUGCUGGCUACUGCACUUUUUGUGUGAAUUACCCUAAAAUAAUGAUUUAAUUGUAAUAUUUUUCUUUGACCAUACAUGUAACAAAGAUUUAUCUGAAAUAAUAAUUAUAUUCUUCUGAUACGUACACUGUAUAGAAAACUUAAUACUUUCUAAGGCAACAAGACAUAGUAUUCAUAAUGAAAAACAAUGGCGUUGAUUUCAAAAAAAAUAUAUUGCUUUCCUAUUCCUAGAAAAGGAUAGCAAUAGAUAAUAGGUGACUUCAAAAUAAUGAACCUAGUUCCUGUUAUAACCAGAGAACUAUUUUACUAGCCAAUUUUUUUUAGGAUUUGUCUGUUUGGUAGUAAUACUUAUACAACUUUUGAAUAACUAAUACCGAUUUUUAAAUAUAAAGUAUAACUAGAAUUCUUAAAUCACUGCGAGUCCGCUGCGUUUUUUAAACCACGUUGAAAUAUCUGAAAGCAAAUUUCCUUUCACACUAAAUAAAAAGCUGGUAUUUCUUUUGGGUUUAGUUAAAAAAAUCCUGUUUAAAAACUUCGUCUAGACUAUUAACUAUGUAACAAGUUAAAAGGAAUAAGCGCCAUUGUUCACACGACUCUACAAUUAAAACGCGAUGAUGAGGUGGAAACGAUUCGUAAGUUACAGAAUAGCUGUUGUACAAUAACUGUUGUUAUAGAACGUAUUGUGUAGUUUUAAAGUCGUAAAGUAUGUCUGUUAAAUAAAAGACUCAUUAAGAAAUU